AUGAAGAUCAUUGUGGGGCUCCUUCUGCUCUGUACAGUGACCCAUUUCUGCAGCAGCUCAGAAGCUGCCAAUCUUCCUUUAACAACAGUGGACUGCAGCAUUUACAAGAAGUACCCAGUGGCGGUCAUCCCCUGCCCCAUCACAUACCUGCCAGUUUGUGGUUCUGACUAUAUCACCUAUGGGAAUGAAUGUCUCUUGUGUUCUGAGAGCUUGAAAAGUCAUGGAAGAGUUCAGUUUCUUCAUGAAGGAAAUUGCUAA